GUGUUGAGCAAUGCCGUUACUGCCGUUUGACAGUGUUGGCAAACGUACGAAUUUCUUUUGACGUAACAGCAAAACAGCUGAUUGCAGCGGCACGCAAAAUAGAAAAAUAAAAUGCGUGUACCAGGAGCAUUGUAUGCGGCACGCGGACGUACGCCGCAGAACGAGAAGGAAGUGCCGUUCCAGGAGAUUCUGCCACUGCGACUGAAGAACUCGGUGAGUGGCAAGGCUGAUUCCGGUUCGGAUGUGGCGUGUCUGCAGGAGAUGGGCGUGCUGUUUGCCUGCUUGAAGGACAACGAGUUUGUGGAGAAGUAUUGCCACAAGGAAAUUAGCCAAUUCCAGAACUGUUACAAAUUCUACAUGGAUCGCAAAUUCGAGGCGAAAAAGACCGUUAACCAGGGCAUCGUGCAACCAGGGAACAAUCUCAACUAUAAACAGUUGAACAAGUACUUGAAACGAUUCCCGAAUCCACAGUAGAGUACCAUACAUAACCCAUAGCAUUGUUGAGCCAUUUAAUAAAAUAUUUACAAAAUAUAA